ACGUAUUUUGAACGCCCUCUGGAAUACGGGGAACAUGCCACUUUAAGUUAUAUAUGUCUGACUAAUAACGCGGGUUCUAACUAAAGAGGUAUCCUAAUUGCAUGUUUUCACGAAAUGUAUAGGCAAUCUGUCGGCUGAGUUUGGAAGAAAUGAAAACGAGAACUUGACGAACUUAAUAUCCUAACCGAUUAAUGUCUGUAUUCUACUCUUUAAUUGCAUUGUGCCAAUACUCAGGCGGAAGAGUUGUCAUCAGGGGGUCAAUCGGCAAGCUAUCCUGUAGUUACAUCACAGGCCCUAUGAAGGAGGUCAUCAACCUUGUACCAACAACCUUUGACCUUCGACCUCUACGGUUGCCGAGUGUAUCAUACGUUUGUACGUUACCAGCGCCGACGAACAAAACGAGUUGUGAAGAUUACAAUGAGACAAACCACGUGAGUCCUCUCAACCCUGGAGUGGGAGGCAAACCAUUCUACGUCUAUUGCGAAAAAGAUGACUAUGUCAUUAUUCAGCGGAGGACACACCUCUCGGUUGAUUUCAAUCGUUCUUGGAUUGAUUACCUCAAUGGAUUUGGAGACCUACAUGGAGAUCAUUGGUUGGGACUACAGAAGAUCUUACGGUUCACACAGAAUGGGAAUAAGACGCGAAGCUGGAAAAUUAUGGUUACAUUCGAGGACGGUGAAGUUAUUGGCGCCACUUUUCAAGCACGGAUAUAUGCAGAUUUUACAGGAAGUUUCUGGCAUUUCAAUUACGAGGGCAUCCACUUUAAUAGUACGUGGAGGUUUCAUCUACGGGCACCUGGUAUAUACCCUUUCGCUACCCUAGGAACGUAUAUGAUAAACUCAUCAGAUUCAUCGUUGCUGUCGGGUGAAAUCAGUUGCCCCGUUAUUUGUGGUGGUGGAUGGUGGUACAAUACUGCACAAUAUCGAUGCCUCGGGAACAUUAAUGGUAUUCUUAGUGCUUCUACCAAUGAGGGCACAGAGAGGAGCUGCGGGUGGCCGAAAAGAGUCGUGAAGACUCUUUUGAAGAUGAGAGUGUGUAACGAUUGAAGAAAGCUGAUUGAAUGUUAACUGCUCGUAUAUAAUUGUGAAAAUUGGGGAGCCAGAAUGAGACUGAAACAAAUGAAAGAAUAAAUAUUAUGAUACUGGUAAAAGUGUCAAAAAAAUGAUUGGUUGCAUGUCAAUGAAAAGCUUGAUCAAAAUGAGACUAAUACAAAAUGGAAGGAAGUUACUUUGAUAUAAGGUAAAGGAAAACAGAAAAUGAUUAAAGGAAGAUCCUUACUUAACAACUUCUCUAAAAGAAUAUGAUUUUUUGAAAGUUACAAUCACUUAACGAAUGGAGACUUUAAAUUGAAUGAGUCCGUUUUACCGUUAUUAAUCGUGUCGGACUACUUCCCAAUUGUUUUUCAACUCACAAAUUACUAAAACGUAAUUUUGUUUUUCAAAAGUAUGACUUAAUUGGGAGUUUUUUCCUUUCUAGAGGACUUAUUAUAAUACGCUUCCCCUAAUAUAUUUUGAUGCCCGAAAGGAGGAGACACUUACAAGAAACAUGGAAGUUAAUGGUAUUUUUGUACACGACAAACGGGAAUUAAUCAUGAAAAGGAUAUGAUCUACUGACCAAAUAAUAUUGUUAAUUUCAGGGGCAGAUCCAGGGGGGAGGGGGGUGUUUCGGCGGAUUAAGUGAAAAAGAACAAAAAGUAAAACAGUA